AAGAUGUUUAAAAACGCGAGCACGUCUUCCGGAAGAUAGGAUCGCGUUACUGCUCUGCAUAGGGGCGUCGCAGUAUCGGUGGGGUCGGCGUUGAGCAGCAGCAGCAAGAGGAUUUGAAUUGUCUGGUAAAAUAAUAAUCAUCACAAUUGUAGCCGGCAAAUUAAUCACAAAACUCGGGGGAUGAUGAAGGAGGAGGCUCGUAACAUGGCCGCGCCGCUCGCUCACUUCGACGAAGAUUGGCAAGAUCUUUAUGAGCUCCGCAUGUCUCCUGCGAGAGGCUGCGAGCGCAAGGCUGAACCGUGGAAUUCGGAUCUCAACGUGACAUCCUCAUCCCCUCAUCAGCAGCAGCCACCACCACCUCAACAUCUUCCACCGACAUCAUCGUCAUUUAGUCCGGCAGCCGCUGUUGCUGCUGUUGCUGUGGGUGCUGCUAAUGCGUCCGAGGUGUUUGGAGAUGUUGUCACCGCUAGAAUGUUGACGUCUACAUCGUCUUCGUAUAAUAUCUCCAGUGCAACAACCGCCACCACCAACAACAUCGGUAGCAGCAACAGCGGCCACGUCGUCACGUCCAACACCAUCAUCAACGGCACCAUCAACAUCAGCACCACCGCCGCCAAUGCCACCAACAACAUCGCCAAAAUCACGACCACCGCCACCACCAACAACAUCGCCAAAAUCACGACCACCGCCACCACCAACACCACAUCGGCCGCGAAGGCAUUGGCGGCGUCGUCUACCGAUAAUUUGGAAGACCUCGCCGACCUGGAGAGCUUCUCGGGCGAGAUCGUGAGCUUCAAGUCCAUGGAGGACCUGGUGAACGACUUUGACGAGAAGCUGACGGUGUGUUUCCGCAACUUCGACACGGACACGGGCUACAUCGCGCCUGUCGUGCCGCUCGCCGAGCAGGGCUUGCUCAAGGACGACGAGAUCUGGAAUGCCGUGACGGAUAAUUUUGGAAACGUGAUGCCGGUGGACUGGAGCUCAUCUCACGCACGGACCCUGCAGAUCCCAACACUCAACAUGAAGGAGCGCUUCGAGCCCGAGGGCAUUACACUCGACCUGUCGGAUGAUGAGGAACUCCGAGAACAGCUGGACAUGCACUCCAUUAUUGUGUCGUGCAUCAACGAUGAGCCCAUCUUCACCGCCGAACAGGUGAUCGAGGAAAUCGAGGAGAUGAUGAUGAUGCAGGAGUCUCCGGACGGCGAGGAGGAGGAGGAGACCCCCACGCAGUCCGACCGCCUUUCUCUGCUCUCGCAGGAGAUCAACGCCCUUAAGCGGUCGAGCACCAACAACUCCUGCCAGGACCCUGUGCCGCCAGGGCUGAAGCGCAUGUCGAUGGCGGGGCUCACGGAGCUGCUGGAGGAGAUGGAGUCGGCGGCGCGCAGCUUCUCCGAGGAGCUGGUGACGCAGCUGGCGCGGCGCGACGAGCUCGACUUCGAGAAGGAGGUGAACAACAGCUUCAUCUCGGCGCUCAUCGACGUGCAGAACAAGCAGAAGGAGCACCGUGAGUCGCUCCGCCGCAAGAAGCGCCGCAGCAUCGCCGGCGACAGCCGAGCGGAGCGCGCCGGCGCCCGCAUGCCCAGCGCGCGUUUCAGCAUGGAGAACCUCUCCAACGUCAUCCAGAACGGCAUCAGGCAGACCUUCGGAAACGGAGGAUGUGAGAAGCAGUAUCUGACGACGGUCAUCCCUUACGAGAAGAAGAUGGGUGCCCCGUCCGUGGAGGACCUGCAGAUCCUCACCAAGAUUUUAAACGCAAUGAAGGAUGACAGCGAGAAGGUCCCAACGCUACUGACAGACUACAUCCUCAAAGUGCUUUGUCCGACUUAAAAGCGAACAAGGGACUUGGGGGUUGGGGGUGGGAGGGAGCGAGAGGAAGAGGAGGAAGAGGAGGACGAGGCGGGCGAUGGGGAACAAACGCUGGACCGCAGCGCAGCGGGGGGAGGAGGCGCGCGACGGGAACCUCGUGAGGCGACGCUCGCCGAUCGGACGGUGUGCCAUAGCCCCCCCCCGUUUAGGUGUCCACUAUUCGUGAGUGGUAGCGAGUAAAGCGUGCGUAGUCUAGCGUUUGUGGGUCAAUGUGCAAUGGCGUGGCAUGUGUAUAUCGUUUGAACCGGAGCUUUUAACGUUCCAUCACCACUACAGUCUUUCUCUCCCACCCCACGCCACCCCACCGAGCGAGCGAGCAGCUGUCUCUGUACGUACGUCUUCGGGGUGUGAGCCGGUCUUGAGGAGCAAAGCAGCCCAACUGUAACGCUUUAGCGACCAGCGCACGAGAGGCCGCUGCUUCUGCCGAAAAUGCCGGACCUGCCGUCGAUCAUGGGCAGCGGGAAACAAAACGAAAAAAGCAACGUGCUGAAUUUUCCCGAAAAUCAAGUAUGUGGCGUUUGCGCACUGACCAAAACAUAUUUUCUAAAGCGGUAAUAACGAGCAGUUGCAUUCAUAGCAAACCAGGGGUGUUCGCUGUUAACUCCUCUUUUUCCACUGGCAUUACCUCGCCGAGCCGGCGCGAGGAGGUCCUCUCGUUACGGGUGGUUUUCAACUGGCUGUCUGCCGUGCCGAGCCGAACUGGAGCCAAACCGUGCUACGCUGGCCUCGCGAGACACCUGAAUCUGGCUCGGGGCCCAAGCGCGGCCAGGAGUUCUUAGUUAAUGACGCAGUCCUUUCGUGCGCCAUCACUUGAUGCCACUGCAUCAAGUGACGGGGCACGACGUCGUUUGCGACGUCGGCGGCACGGUUUGGGUUGAGCAGUGGAAAAAUAACGUGGCCCCUCCCCAGUUGGCUCUACUAAACUAUGAACUAUUUUUAUUUUACCAGGUAAGGCCCACUGAACCAUAUAGCUCUUUCAGAAGCGACAUGGCCACAAAUGAUAGCUCAACGAAGUGGCUUAUCACGUGAAAAUUUAUAGCAGCCAA